UGUACUCCCGUUGUACAUUACCAGGCAGCGAAUAAGCUCCCUCUGGCUAAAGCGAGUGUUGAGAUCGCGCGUCAAGAUCUGCUUGUUCCUGCUCUUCGUCCCUUGCUUGCUCUUCUCCGUGGGCAUGAUCGCGUCCCUCUGCUCCAAGGGACGUCUGCUUUCAUCAGGGGCGGGAGUGACACAGUGCCGUUCCCGGACGCUGCCGCGGAAAAAAAAGAACCUCUCGGAACUGACCUGAAAGUUCGCCAAGCAAGCAGCGCGGAGAAGGAAAAGAAAGGCUUGUUGGAAAAAGUGCUCGAUGACAUUAGUGACCGCAUUUACCCGAGGCCGGAGGCGUCUUCCCAAGAUGUCAGUCGUGUGGUCACCCAGGGAGGGGAGGACUCCGAUCCCGUGGCGAGGGAGAGGAGGGAUAAAAUAAAAGAGAUGACCCUCCACGCGUGGAAGGGCUACAAGACCUACGCCUGGGGCAGGAACGAGCUGCGCCCCGUGAGCAGACAGUGGCAGACGGCGGGGCUCUUCGGGGCCAGGGACAUGGGCGCCACGCUCGUCGACUCCCUGGAUACCCUCUUCAUCAUGGGUCUCAUGGACGAGUUCAACGAGGCCAAGAAGUGGGUGGAGAAGGAGCUGGACUUCAACUUGCUGAGGUCAGAGGUGUCCCUCUUCGAGGUCAACAUUCGAUUCGUGGGAGGCCUGCUGUCAGCCUACGCCCUGACGGGAGAAGCCAUAUUCCGAGAACGGGCUUUGCAGAUUGCGACUAAACUCCUUCCCGCAUUCUCCUCGAAGUCUGGGAUUCCGUUUGGCCUCAUCAACACCGGAAAUGGGAAGACCAACAAUCACCGGUGGGCGAACGGAGGGUCAAGCAUCCUUUCCGAGUUCGGGACCCUCCAUCUGGAGUUCCUGUACCUGUCGGACGUGACGGGACGUCCCGUCUUCCGCGAGAAGGUGUUCAAGAUAGCGAGGCCGGUCGGGAGGGGCAGCCACGUCAGCGGCGAUCUCUUCCCCAAUUACAUGAACCCUUACAACGGGCAGUGGGGCCAGCGACACACGUCUCUCGGGGCGUUCGGCGACAGUUUCUACGAGUACCUCAUCAAAUCCUAUAUCCAGUCGAACUCGACGGACACCCAGGCCAAGGAGCUGUACGAGGACGCCAUAGGAACCAUCACCGACCGCCUGGUUCACAAGACGCGAUCCGGGCUGAUAUACUUGGCCGAAAGCAUGGGUACUAGUUUGAUACACAAGAUGGAUCACUUGGCUUGCUUUGCCGGCGGGAUGUACGCCCUCGGCGCAAAAUACCUGCCGCGCCCGACCUCGAAACGCGAAAUGGAGAUCGCGGAGGGCAUCGCCCAAACCUGCCGCGAGACCUAUGCCCGAACUGCCACGGGGCUGGGUCCCGACAGCUUCCACUUCCCUCAGAUGGGCACCGGUCAGGAGAUCCUGCCCUCGGCGAGGCACUACGCUCUUCGGCCAGAGGCCAUAGAGACGUGGUUCUACCUCUGGAGGCUCACCAAAGACCAGAAGUACAGGGACUGGGCUUGGGACGCUGCUAUGGCUCUGGAAAAACACUGCCGAGUCGAGAGCGGAGGAUUCAGCGGUCUCUCAGACGUCCACAGGACAAAUCCUCACAAGGACGACGUCCAGCAGAGCUUCCUUCUCGCCGAGACGCUUAAGUAUUUGUACCUGAUCUUCUCCAGCGACUCCCUCAUCAGCUUGGACCAGUGGGUAUUUAACACGGAGGCCCACCCAAUACCCAUACUGGGCAAGAACGCUCUCUAUCGCAAGGCGUAAACUUCCGAUGCCAAAGACAUGUGUUACCAUCGCGAGGCAAGCACUCAAGACCUCUCUCUCCAAAAGCGUCAUCGCACCGUGUAUACAAUGGAGUCCCAUCCCCCGUGGAGUUGAAACUACAAUAUGAGUACAAAAAACCACAAGCCGACGAGGGCCGCCGCCGUCGAUAUUCACAGCACUGAUAUCCGUAGGCAAAAAAUAAUCAAUGGCAUUUAUAUAUUUCUGGCAGGAAGAAGUUAUCCGAAGUGCGAAGUCUAGUCUAAAUAUUAUUUACUCGAUUGCAUUUCGGAUAUUUUUAGAAUAUUGAGAAUUGUGAUUCUCUCUCUCUCUCUCUCUCUCUCUUGGCCCUGUUUGUCAAGCCAGAAUUCGAGGCGUGCUUGAUUUCGUUACUCCAUAUUAUUAUUAUUAUUAUUAUAUUAUUAUUAUUAUUAUUAAGAGUGAGUUAAAAAGCUCAUUUUUCAUGGAGGCUGGACUCUUCACUCCAUAAUUAUAGGAGAUCCCCAUGGGAUGAAGAAUGGGAACAAGAAGAUAUUUGUUUUUACAAGAGCGAUUAAACACACCAUAACA